AUGCAUGUAAUCAUCGUCGGCGCCGGCCCCAGCGGUCUCGUCCUCGCCCUCCUCCUCGCAAAAGCCAACAUCCGCACCACGCUCCUCGACUCCGCGUCCACAAUCGACGACCGCCCGCGAGCAGCUCACUAUGCUCCCUCCGCGAUCCAAGUCAUGGCCCGCGCCGGCGUGCUUGAGGAUAUCCGCCGCGAUGGUUUCAUACCUAUGAACAUGAUGUGGCGGAACGUCAAGGGCGAACCGAUCACGGGGAUCCCGAAAGUGAGCCAGCCGUGGAGCCCGGAGGCUAUGACGGUGUUGCCUUUGAAUAUGUUGGGGAAGGUGCUGCUGGAGCAUUGUGAGAAGGAGGAGAGGAUUGAGAUUAAGUGGAAUUGUAAGGUUGUGAGCGUGGGGAGUGAUGCUGGGAAGGCGUGGGCUGUUGCUGAGGUGGGGAGGGAGUUUGAGAAGAGGGAGGAGAGAUAUGAGGGUGAUUAUAUCUGCGGGUGCGAUGGGGCGAAUAGUCAGGUUCGACGGACGUUGUUUGGGAAUGAGUUUCCAGGAAAUACUUGGGAUGCGCAGAUUAUUGCUACAAACGUCUAUUAUCCCUUCGAAAAAUUCGGCUACGAUGACAUCAACUUCAUUAUCGACAACGAGGACUAUUAUAUGGCAGCAAAGAUCACUAAUGAUGGUCUCUGGCGUGUUUCCUAUGGCGAAGACACAAAACAUACACUCGAUCAGGUAGUUGCCAAUCAACCAGCAAAAUACGAACGCAUGCUUCCUGGACACCCAAAGCCUGGUGACUACAAACUCCUCAACGUUGGCCCUUACAGAAUUCACCAACGCUGCGCUCCAAGCUUUCGCGUAGGCAGGAUCUUACUUGCUGCCGAUGCUGCACAUCUCUGUAAUCCUUUCGGCGGACUCGGGUUAACGGGAGGAUUGGUCGAUGUUGGAGGACUAGCAGAAUGUCUAGAAGGCAUGGAAAAGGGAGUUGCAGAUGAGAGUAUCUUGAAUAAGUAUGACGAGAUUCGGAGGCAGAUGUGGCAUGAUGUUAUCAAUCCCGUUAGUAGUAGCAAUUUCUUGCGGGUUAGUGCAACAGAUCCCGAGACUGCGACUGUGAAGGAUGAGUUUUUGAAGAUGGUGGAUGAGGCGAGUAGGGAUCAGAAGGUUAGGGAUGAGUUGGAUAAGGCUAUGUACGCGAUAUGUCAUGAUUUCAAGCAGUAUUGGAAGACGCCGGGAAAUAGGGUGGAAGCGAAGCUGUAAGAGUAACUUUGAAU